AUGACUAUCGACGACAGUUUCAAUCUCAAACUCGCGCUUGAAACUUUCUCUGAACGUUGCCCUAAAGUCACAGCCUUUCCAUUUUUCAAUUCGAUUCUCAGCAAGGGAGAAGGAGUGGUGGUUAACGAAGAAGUGAUUAAUGCAUUGUCUGAUGUGUUUCUUCACCCGGAGCUUACGAUUCCUUUGGUUCAUUACUUCCUUCCCAUUAUAAGAAGAGUUGUAGAUAGAGUGGUGUGUGUUCUUCAUCUAGUGGGUGACCUUAGCUCAAGUAGUGAUUACUCAGACGAUGUGCUAGUCUACUUGGACAAUGCGUUGAAGGAAGGUGUUAGUGUUAUUGAUUUUUAUGUUCGGCGUGGACAAAGGCUGGAGCUUCAUGAGUGUGCUUGCUUGGCGUUUAGUCGUGCUCUUCAUCUAAACACGUCUUUGCUAGGGUCUAUUCUGAGUUAUUUUAAGAAUGCUCCGCCGCCAUACGAGCGGAUUCUUGCGGAAAAAAUCAUUUCUGAGGCGCAGAUGGAGGCUACUACAGCUGCAGAGUUACUUUGUCUUCAAGUAUCAUAUCGUUUUCUGGUUAUUAGACCUGAGGUUUUCUCUAAGUUGUGGGAUUGGUCCUCUUACAUGGAGUCCAUGAAAAGGCUAUCAGACUGCUCUAGCCAGAGGAGGAAUUUUGUGGAAAAGCAUAGAGAGGCAGUGUGGUGUGGGAUACAAAUUCUGUCUGUUGUUUUAAGAUGCACUGACAGAAUGGCAGGAUGUUACGGUUUUGAAGGAGAGAAAGCAUUCUCAUACUUGUUACGAUGGGAAGAAUUUUGCCAGGAUAUAGAAAUAGAAAGGGCUGGAUCAUACAUUCAGUUGCCAACGUACAAGGGGUUGAGGUCUUUUCAAGAUUUUAGUACCCUUGCACCUGGGAUUCAAAAGCAACAAUCAGCACGGGUGGACGAAAAGGAGCCAUCGAUGAAGAUCCGAAAGCUGGACACCUGGGAUGUCAAAUCUUUCUCUGAAUCAUUUGAAAUUCACUCUAGGGUGAAGAAAUCUUUUGAAAUGGUCUCAUUGGCUGUUAGUCAAAAACGACCUGUUCUUCUGUACGGUCCCUCGGGCUCUGGAAAGUCUGCCCUCAUUAGAAAGCUGGCUGAUGAGAGUGGUAACCAUGUUGUAUAUAUCCACAUGGAUGAUCAACUUGACGGAAAAACGUUGGUUGGUACUUAUGUGUGUACUGAUCAACCUGGCGAAUUUAAAUGGCAGCCUGGCUCACUUACCCAGGCUAUUAUGAAUGGUUUUUGGGUGGUUCUUGAGGACAUAGACAAAGCUCCAUCAGAUGUCCCCCUUGUGUUGUCACCUUUACUGGGAGGUUCAUGCUCAUUUGUGACUAGCAAUGGAGAGGUGAUACAGAUAGCAGAGAGUUUCCAACUGUUUUCAACCAUAUCCACACCCGAAUGCAGUGUAUCACAUAUCAGGGAAGCCGGAAAUUCUCUAAGUCCUCUUUGGAGGAGAGUUGUUGUUUAUCCUCCAGAUCGUGAAAGCUUGCAAAAUAUUGUGGGUGCUCGGUAUCAGAACCUGAUACCUAUUUCAGAGAAACUUAUUGAAACUUAUGAAAAAGUUAACUCUGCUCUUCGUCCCCAGUGUUUUGCUUCGACAACUGAAAACUCGGCUACAUUCAGUUCCCCAAGUAGAUUUUCACUGAGAGAUUUGCUCAAGUUGUGUGAACGGGUUCAGGGUCUGCCCUCAUAUGAUGGUCAUGCAAUUUCUCAGGAGGCAUUAGAUAUAUUCUCUGCUUCUUAUAUGUCAACUCAAAAUCGAGUGACUAUAAGUAAAAUCGUGGCUAGCAUUUGGAAUGUUCCUGUUCCAGAAUCUCAGCAUAAGCCCCCAAUUCAGGAACUUUCUAAAACUCUUAAAAUUGGCAGAGUUUCUCUACCGCUUGGUGAAACUGCGUCACAUGACCGGUCGAGGUUUGUUGAAACACGCACAUCCACACGGUUACUUGAGAAAAUAGCCCGCUCUGUUGAGUACAACGAGCCAGUACUCUUAGUAGGAGAAACAGGGACAGGGAAAACUACUCUAGUUCAAAAUCUUGCACAGUGGAUUGGACAGAAACUCACAGUUUUGAACUUGAGCCAGCAAAGUGAUAUAGUUGAUCUAUUGGGAGGUUUUAAGCCUAUUGAUGCAAAGCUUAUGUGCAAAAUGUUGUACAAUGAAUUCCUUGAAUUGGGAAGAGAUUCGAAGCUGAAGGAAAAAUCAGAGAUUAUGACAUGGCUGCGAAAGAACUUUAGAGCUAAGAAGUGGGAAACAUUUUUGAGAGGGUUAAAGAAAACUAUUGACCAUCACGUUAAAAGUGGGGAAGAUAAGUCUAGGUCUGGUAGGAAGAGAAAGAAACCGGAAGUGAUUGAGAAUUGGACUUGUCUGUCCAAAAAAGUGGAGAAGAUUCAUCAACAGAUUUGCUCAGGUGGUAUGGUUUUUAAAUUUGUCGAAGGGGCAUUUGUGACUGCCCUCAGGGAGGGGUAUUGGGUUUUACUAGAUGAAGUGAACUUAGCCCCACCAGAGAUAUUGGGCAGGCUUAUUGGUGUUCUUGAAGGAGUGAGAGGAUCACUUUGUUUAGCUGAGAGAGGGGAUGUAAUGGGCAUUCCUAGACAUUCGAAUUUCCGUUUGUUUGCCUGUAUGAAUCCAGCCACGGAUGCUGGUAAGCGAGACUUGCCGUUCUCCUUUCGUAGCAGAUUUACAGAGUACGCUGUGGAUGAUGACUUGUGUGACGAUGACCUGGAGAUAUUUGUGAGGCGAUUCUUAGGUGGACGUGAAUCUGACAAUAAGUUAGUAGGCAACAUUGUUUGCUUUUACAAAGAAGCUAGAAGGUUGUCUGAAGAAUGCUUGCAGGACGGUGCCAAUCAGAAGCCACAGUAUAGCUUAAGGUCUCUUUACCGUGCGCUAGAGUAUGCGAUAAAAGCAGAAGGUAUUGGCGGAUUUCAGAAAGCAUUAUACGAUGGGUUUUCCAUGUUUUUCCUCUCCUUAUUGGAUGCUUCCAGUGCUAAGAUCAUGAAACCACUCAUAGAACUUAUCUCAAGGGAAAGUAGCCGAGCCCAACCACUUGAAAGAUACUUGGGAGAAUUAAAGGGCAGUUCUGAUGAAUCUACCAAGAAAUAUGUUAAGACGAAGAGUGUGAUUCAACACCUUCAUCAUCUGGCUCAUGCCAUUUUUGUCAAAAGAUAUCCUGUUCUCUUACAAGGACCAACAUCCAGUGGAAAAACAAGCCUUGUUAAAUAUCUUGCAGCGUUAAGUGGAAACAAGUUUGUUCGUAUCAAUAAUCAUGAGCAGACUGAUAUCCAAGAAUAUUUAGGUUCCUAUAUGACUGAUUCUUCAGGGAAGCUUGUAUUUCAUGAAGGAGCGUUGGUGAAGGCAGUCAGGGAUGGUCAUUGGAUUGUCUUAGAUGAACUAAAUUUGGCCCCAUCUGACGUCUUAGAGGCACUAAACAGACUGCUUGAUGACAAUAGGGAGCUUUUUGUGCCCGAGCUGGGUGAAACAAUCUCAGCGCAUCCUAAUUUCAUGCUCUUCGCUACACAGAACCCUCCUGCUUUAUAUGGUGGACGUAAAAUACUGUCUCGAGCUUUUCGUAACCGUUUUGUGGAGAUUCAUGUUGAUGAUAUUCCAGAAGAUGAACUGACUGAAAUUCUUUUUGAGAAGUGUGAAAUUGCAAAAAGUCACGCUACAAAGAUUGUUGAUGUGAUGAAAGACUUGCAGCGCAACAGGCAGAGUAGCAAAGCUUUUGCUGGAAAACAUGGAUUUAUAACUCCAAGAGAUCUAUUCCGUUGGGCAGAUCGUUUUAGGGCUUAUGGAGGUAAAUCAAAUGAAGAACUCGCCAGAGAAGGGUAUUACCUCCUUGCAGAAAGGCUGCGUGAUGAUAGUGAGAAGCUAGUUGUUCAAAAAGUGUUGGAAAGUCAUUUCCGGGUCAGUCUUGCAGAAGAUGAUGUGUACAAAGAGGAGCUUCUAAAGCUGGAACAGCCAUUUUCCGCGGAAAACAAAACAGUCACCUGGACUCGAAGUAUGUGGAGACUAUUUUUUCUCAUUGAACGUUCUUAUAAACUGCGAGAGCCUGUUCUUCUUGUUGGUGAAACUGGGGGAGGAAAAACAACAAUCUGCCAACUACUAAGCGAGUAUAAGAAGCUAAGGUUGCACAUCCUUAAUUGUCAUCAAUACACAGAAACAUCUGAUUUCCUUGGAGGGUUCUUUCCUGUGAGAGACAGAUCGAAACUAGUCAUGGAAUACGAGAAUCAAGUCAAGCAGUUGAAGCUCUCUGAGGGAUUGGUACCUUUUAGCCAAGAUAUUGAUCUUUCGGGAGAUAUUGGUAGAGCUGAAGUGUUGAUCAAAUCAAUAGAUGCAAUUCUGGAGAAGUACAAAAAUGGCUCAGUACAAGGAAUGGCGGUCACACCCCUGAAUAUUGAUGUUCUUCAAAACAUAAGGAACGAUUUGGUGACGCUGUAUCAAAAGUGGCGUGCAAUUUUUGUGUGGCAAGAUGGUCCCCUUGUGGAAGCAAUGAGAGCUGGAAAUAUCUUUCUUGUGGAUGAGAUAUCUUUGGCUGAUGAUAGUGUUUUAGAAAGACUGAACAGUGUGUUGGAGCCAGGCAGGAAAUUGUCGUUAGCUGAGAAAGGUGGUCCCGUCUUGGAGGAAGUUGUAGCUGAUGAGAAAUUUUUUGUUCUUGCUACCAUGAAUCCAGGUGGUGAUUAUGGAAAGAAGGAAUUGUCACCUGCACUUCGUAACCGUUUUACUGAGAUAUGGGUCCCUUCAAUUUCAGAGACUGAGGAGCUCAGAAGUAUUGCUUCUUCUGUCCUUUGCAACCCAAAGGAAUCUAAUAUCGUAGAUCCCAUUAUCAACUUCUGGGAAUGGUUUAACGGGUUGCAGACUGGAAGAACUCUUACUGUCAGAGAUCUCCUCUCUUGGGUUACGUUUGUAAAUGUGAUACAGGAGAGUGUAGGACCAUCUUAUGCUAUUCUUCAUGGAGCAUUUCUCGUGUUACUUGAUGGUCUAAGUCUUGGAACUGGUCUCUCUGGGAGAGAUGGUAAAGAUCUAAGGGAAAAAUGCUUCGCUUUCCUCUUACAACAACUUAAGGUUCUCUAUAGUGGUACACUCCCUUUGGAUCUUUCAAGAAUGGAGCAAUAUGGCUGGGGUGAUGCCAAAGCAAUUUGUGAAGAAAGUAAGAGUGUUCUGCAUGGAGACAUGUUUGGGAUCGAUCCUUUCUACAUAAGUAAAGGUGAUGAAACUCCUGAAAUGGGUGGAUUCGAGUUCUUAGCACCAACCACCUGCAGGAAUGUGUUGAGAGUAUUGCGUGCAAUGCAGCUUUCAAAACCAAUAUUAUUGGAAGGUAGCCCUGGUGUUGGAAAAACAAGUCUAAUAAUGGCGUUGGGUAAGUAUUCUGGCCACAAGGUUGUGCGCAUAAAUCUUUCAGAGCAGACUGACAUGAUGGAUUUGCUGGGAUCGGAUUUACCUGUUGAAAGCGAUGAGGACAUGAAGUUUGCGUGGUCUGAUGGAAUUCUCUUGCAGGCUCUUAAGGAGGGGUCCUGGGUUUUGUUAGAUGAACUAAAUCUUGCCCCACAAUCCGUUCUAGAGGGAUUGAAUGCGAUUUUGGAUCAUCGUGCUCAAGUCUUCAUCCCAGAACUAGGCUGUACCUUUGAAUGCCCCCCGACGUUUAGAGUUUUUGCAUGCCAGAAUCCUUCUUCUCAAGGUGGUGGCAGGAAAGGUCUUCCCAAGUCUUUCCUUAACCGAUUCACAAAGGUGUAUGUGGACGAGUUAGUUGAAGAUGAUUACCUUUUCAUAUGUCGCUCGCUUUACCCUUCUAUUCCCAGUCCAUUGCUUUCAAAGCUUAUUACACUCAAUAGACAGCUACACGAUGGUACUAUGGUAGAUAGAAGAUUCGGUCACGAUGGCUCACCCUGGGAGUUCAAUCUACGUGAUGUGAUCAGAUCAUGUCAAUUUAUGCAAGGGGGAAAAUAUGACUUAGAAGUUGAAAGCUUUCUCAAUGUUCUGUAUGUUCAAAGAAUGCGUACCGCGGCUGAUCGGAAAGUAGUUCUCAGUAUCUAUAAGGCGAUUUUUGAUAAAACCCCUUCUAUAAAUCCUUAUCCUCGAGUUCAGCUAAAUCCUGGAUACGUUGUUGUGGGAACUGCUGCUGUUAAACGAAAUUUCACCCAGUCUAAUAUUUCCAGUGAGCAGUUGAAGAUUUUGCCUGAAAUCCGUCAGAAUCUGGAGGCGGUUGCACAUUGCGUGCAGAAUAAAUGGCUGUGCAUCCUAGUUGGACCAUCGUCAUCUGGAAAGACUUCAGUGAUCAGAAUAUUAGCUCAGUUAACAGGAUUCCCGCUUAAUGAGUUAAAUCUUUCAUCUGCGACUGAUAGCUCUGAUCUUCUCGGUUGUUUUGAGCAGUACAAUGCAUUCCGUAAUUUCAGAUUAGUGGUCGCCCGAGUUCAGCAUCUUGUUGAUGAGUAUAGCAGUUUGUUAUCACAGUCUUCCCAGGAGCCCCUUUUGAGCAAAAGCAAAGGCUUGGUGUCCAGCUGGCUUUCCUUUUUAUAUAAGAUUGAUUCAUGCCUCUUGGAAAACCCUUCAUCCUUCUUGAACGACUCUGACUCCCUCUCCAAAUUAACUGUGAUUGUAGAAUAUAUGACUAAGGUCUUGGGGGAAGGUGUUUUGCCCGUUAGUUGGUCAAAAAGGAGCCUGGACCAAAUCAUGAAGACAAUAGUGAAGCUGCAAUCUGAUGAGAAAAAACAAUCAACGAAAUUUGAAUGGGUGACUGGAAUGCUGAUAAAGGCAAUAGAAAAUGGAGAGUGGGUUGUUCUUGAGAAUGCAAAUCUCUGUAAUCCCACGGUACUUGAUAGGAUCAACUCUUUGGUGGAACCUUGUGGAUCAAUCACGAUAAAUGAAUGUGGGGUUAUUGAUGGCGAACCUGUCACCGUUAUUCCACACCCUAACUUUCGUUUGUUUCUGACCGUUAAUCCCAAGUUUGGGGAGGUGUCAAGAGCAAUGCGGAAUAGAGGUGUUGAGGUAUUUAUGAUGGGGCCUCAUUGGCAGCUCAAUGAGGAAGACUCUAACAGUGAUGAGCUUGUGCUGAGAGGUGUGAAAAGGUUUCUUGCUCUAUCAGGUAUUCCGGGUGAUAAGCUGGUUGCUUCCAUGGCCAAAGCACACGUUCAUGCAUGGCGCAAUGGUCAAACCAUUGGAGUACGGAUAACGUAUCUUGAGCUUGAACAGUGGGUUCACCUCUUCCAACUGUUGCUCAUGAAUGGUAACCAACUUCUGUGGAGCUUACAGCUAAGUUGGGAGCACAUCUAUCUCUCUUCCCUUGGAGUAACUGAUGGAAAAGAUGUUGUUGAUCUUGGGCGUGAUACUUAUUUGUCAGAUACUGAAUCAUUUAUGGGUGGGAAUAUGUGCCUGUCUGGUGGAUGGCCAAAGCCUUUCAAUUUGAGAGACUUGAUGUGGUACUCGAGAGAAACAACUGUCAGGCAGAAUUGCAUGUAUCUGGAGUUUCUAGGAGCUCAAUACGCAUCAUAUCAGUCUGAAGUAAGCUACAAUUUCAAGUUGAGGGAUAGGGAUUUGGCUGCUGGGGAACGGAGAAUAGUCUAUACUGCCGAUUCCUGGACGCUAAAUAAAAUCUUGUUUCCUAAAGCCUUAAUUGGGUCAACUCGUGCGGCUGAUACAGCUAAAAUUGACCAUGAUUUGGCUUCAAAGAAGCUAUUGUAUGCUGCCAACUGGACAAUGGAACAGGCAACCGAAGAGGAUAUUCAACUCUAUCUGGUGUGGAUUAGUUGGUUUGGUUCCAGACUGCAACAAUACUGUCCCUUCUUCCUGUGUUUUCUCAAUAUGUUGAAAGAUGAGUUGCAGCAUCCAAUCUGGAGUCAUAUAUCCAGAAGUCGAGAAAACCUGAAAUCCCUCUGCAAAGUGGAUCCAGAUGUUGUUCCAAUCGCGAUGAUGUCCUCGAAGUUGAUUGAUAUAGCAGCAUCGAAUGAACAGUUAAAACCCCUGAGUAAAACCCUCUUUGAGUCUCUUAGCUCCGUUGGUGUUCUUCGGCUUUCCUAUCAGCAGUGGCUUGCAGAAAAUAACUACAACCACACCGAUGUAUCCUCUUUUACUCGCUUUCUGGAUUCCCUUCGCGCAUUGGAGAAGAAAAUUCUUUGCGAAAUUGUUGGAUCACCUUCUUUCACUGUGUUGAUUCAGAUGUACACUGAAGUUAUUGAAAAACAUUCAUUUUUCUGGUCUGAUUUGGUCUCGUCUUCAGAUGAGUGUAAAUUGUUUUCCUUUUGGUCUCUAAUAAAGGCUGUCAAAAAGUUGGGCAGUUUAUUUCCUGAAGAAGUUCAUGUGGUUUUGGAGGAAAGCAGAAAUAUUAACAAUAUAGCUUUGCAUGGUGAGCCAGAAAAGUCUUUACUAUGGGCGUAUGGGGGACAUCCUUCCUUGCCGGUUUGUGAAGAGUUGUACCUUAAGCAGCAGAAGUUUCUACAGAUCUGCAGCACAAUUUGGCCAUUAAAAUCAGAUGGACAAGGAAAUGAUCAUCUUACCAAAGCCAUUGCAUUUUCUGGCCCUGAGUUAUCUUUGCUUGCCUUGGAAGGUCUUUGCAUUUCAUCUUACAUUGCCGACAAGGAUGAUGCAGCUGCUGUUCAGCUGGAUGAAAUUAACCAGAUGUUUAUGGAGAGGAUGGAACUAGAGAAGAAGAGACUGCAGGAUAUAAUGGUUUUCAGUGAGAAUGAUAAUAUUGAAAGUAAAUCUGCUGCGUGCUGUAUUUUCCGUCCAGAGAUUGUGGCUACAGGGUUUGGCUUUAGCAGUUGGAUGGAUAUAUGCUCUAUUACUAGAAGUGAAAGUAGUUCGUUAGAUGUAGAGUUACUUGCUGUACUUCAGCAACUCUUGGUGGCACAAUCUACUGAACAUAAGGAUCUUUUGGAUGUUCGAAAUCUGCUUAAACCUGCUCUAGAGUAUUCCUUGUCUUCAACAAGACCUCCACAGACUCUUGUAGCUCAUCAAAAACUACUGUGGGCAAUUGAUGCCCGUGCCUCUGUCCUCCGAGUGGACACCAAAAUUGCUGGUUUUGUUCUCGAAAUGUGGUACUGGUGGCAUUCUGUUUUGUGGAAAAAUUGCCAAAUCGGUCUCAUGAGUAUCUCAGAGGUCGGUAACUGUCAGGUUAUGUCGCCUUCUAUGCUGAUUCAGCCUGUGAAAGCAGCUACAAUUGAUCAUAUUCUCGAUAAUGCUUUUGCUGCUAAGGACUAUCCUGUUCAAUCGAUGAAGUUUCUUUCUGCUUCACGAGUCCUAUGGAAAAGCUCACAAUCCUAUCAAGAGAUGCCUGGUUCUUUACUGUCAAUAGCGCGUUCCCUUUUCCAACAGAUGGUGUAUACGCACAGAAAGUCAUAUGAGCCUGAAGUGUUUGCCGAUAUUAAGUCUGCAUUUCAUGCGGUUGAGAAGAAACAGAACGAGAUGGAACGCAUUAAGUCUCUCAUUUCACUGAUCAGCUUAUCAAGCCAUCAGAAAUUGAAAUCUGCUACUCGCUCAUUUGUCGAACCAUUGGCGAAACAUCUUUAUUCGGAGUGCCCAUCAAAUGAGUUCUACUCCAAUCUUGGUCUGGCAUGGAUUUAUCUUGGAGGACUGCGCUUCAAUCUUUUGAAUAGCUUGGAUGUUAUUGAUCCAGCCAUGAAGAUCUCUUGUAAGCUGGCAGAAGUACAAGAAAAAAUUUCAACUCUGAAGCUAAACAUAGAGGUCCGGGAAGAAUGUGAGUAUCUGUCUGGAUUGCUUUACACUGGAGACAAUGACGAAAGAACUGAAUGUAGAUUAUCUAAGCUCAAAGCUGAGCGGAAAAAGUUGCGAAGAAAGGUUAUUUUUCGCUCUGAUCCUAAUAAGUACCAGAAUUUAAGAAGAGCGCUGGAUGAGUUUGCGGGAUUUCUCACACGUCCAAUAACUCUGGUUAAGGACAUUAACAAGCUUGACUGGAACCAGGUUGUUGAGCAAGUUUUCAACUGGCAGGAGACGGCAACAUCGUUUAUUGAUCGGCUGUCCAGUGACUAUUCCGAAUAUGUUGAUAUAACUCAGCCAAUACAAGUUUCGAUAUACGAGAUGAAAUUGGGUUUAUCACUCUUUGUCUCUGGUGCUCUCUUGGGAAAAAUUCUCAAUAGAUUUGACAUAGACACGGUUGACUCAGUCAUGGAAACAAUCUAUUCCUUGAUGAGAUUUCCAAGGGGCUCCUCCUUCCCUUCAGCUACCUACAUUGAUAGCUUGCCACCGCUGCACCUUUCUCAUGAUGCAGAUUCUCGUGCUAAGUCCUUAGGUUUGGAUGUUGGCUUGCUGCAUAAACUGAUCUCUGUUUCAAGUGCAGACGAUACGAGAAAAGUCUCCGAGUUGCAACUCAAAACUGCUCUAUAUAAAAAUAUGCAUGCUCGUGUUUCGCACUUUGUUGCAAACACUGGGCUAAUGGAUAAAGCUUCUUUUGAGAUAUUGGAGAGCAUAUAUUUUGAAUUGGCGAGAAAUUGGAUGGAGAUGAAGUUUCAAGUAAGAACAAAGGCUGACGCUGUUUCUGGGCUGUACAAAUUCCGUUCCCGUGACUUCAAAAUUGAGAGUGUCAUGAAAGUAGAUAUAUCUGCCUUUGGCAAGUACUUCCCAGAGGAUAAUUUUUGGCAAGAGUAUCUGGCUGAUGAUGAUGAUGAUGUGACGCAAACUGACCAGGGUGACGAAAAUUUGGAGGAUGAAUGGGACUUGAUACAGGAGCAUGUGGAUAACAUAUAUAGCACACAUAAUGAGUUAUUUGGUUUCUGUGACCUCUCUGAAAAGACUGGAAGAUGUCUUGCUGAUAGUAGAAGGCUGGAUUCAUUCACUGAUUCCUAUGAACUUGGAGUCAAUAUGAUCAAAGGGCUGAAGGGUCUAUUUACAUCAAGCUUGGAUGCAAAACUUGUUCCAGAACACCUGCUUCGUCUUUGCGUGGAAUACAAAAAAACGUUCACUUCAUACGGUCAUUCUGCUAGUAAAUACAACUUCUACAAGGACUUUGAUGGUCCUCAGCUGGGGAAAAUGGUCAAGCUUCUUACUCCUCUUCAGUCGAGAAUUUAUUCUUUAUUGCAAGAACAAGAGGACCAUCCUGGUCUUCAGAAACUUUCUGAUAUCCUUCGAAUGCUCAUGGAUACUCCUUCAAGGACUCCGCUGGCAAAGGCUCUUCCAGGAUUGCAAUUUCUGAUUUGCAAGGUCCAGACGUUACAGGAAGAGGGAUGUAAAUUGCCCAUCUCUGAUCUUUUGGAGCCAAUUAUUUCCCUCGCAAGCUCUUGGCAGAGGUUAGAAUUUGAAUGCUGGCCUACAUUGCUUGAUGAGGUUCAAGAUCAGUAUGAACUUAGCGCAAGAAAGUUGUGGCUUCCUUUGUUUUCAGUUCUCUUCCAGAAGGAUUGUGUUGAAUUUUCAGAACAUGAAAAUGAGUCUAUUUCACAAAGUUUGGUGGAGUUCAUUGAAACGUCAAAUAUUGGUGAAUUUAGGAGACGUCUUGAGCUUCUCCUUUGCUUCCUUCUUCAUUUAAGUAUGGGUAGCUCGUUGGGAAUAUAUUCAAGUGAUUCACACAAGAGGAAGGUUGAAAUUUGCUACAAUAUUUUUGGAUUCUAUAUUCAGUUUCUACCAGUGGUUAUGGAGCAGUUAGAUUUGAAUAGGAAAACUAUUGAAGCUAAGUUAAAGGACCAUCUAAAACUUUGUCGGUGGGAGAGGCCAGAUAAUCAUCUGCUCCUUAGGACCACUAAAAAUACCAGGCAAAAGGUCAAGAAGCUGAUACAGGAUUUUUCUGUCAUUCUUCAGCGCCCUGUAAUGCUUGAUAGGCCAAACGUAGCAAAGGAAAGAGUACAAUAUCUUCCUCUACUAGGUGCAGAUAUAAUGAAUGGAGCGUCCAACAUGAGGAUUGAGGUUCUAGUUAGUAAUUUAGAUGCAGAACAAUCGAAUGACAGGUUUUCCUGGUAUGCUGUUUGGAGGAAUAAAUUAAAAGAGUCGGUAGGUCGCUUCCACCAAGAAGUGCAUUUUAAAGAAUUGCUGACGGGUGAAGAUCAUCAGUAUCCUGUCUAUCAGGGUGAUUGGAAAAUUUUGUGGAGUACAGUUUCUAAGAUUGGUGAGAAGAUAGCUAGCUGUUCAGAUCUAUGGAGAAAUAGUGAUAGAGAUGUUGCAAAAAAGAGGGCCUUGCCUGAUCUUCUCAAGUCAUUGGAAAAAUGUGGUUUGCAGAAACACAAGUUUGAAAAUGUAGAGAUGUCAAAUCACUUUAAAGGGUUGCUUUACCAGCCAGCAUACGAUCCAAAUCAUCUUUUGCUGCUAACAAAUGCUAAAAGUAGCAUACAGGCUUCGGUUGAAGAUCAAAACAAGGAAAGUUCACUGGCUGAGUGGAGAGCUGCAAAUGAAUUUUACUUUAAGAGCUUGGCUUCUGUGCAACUCAUGUUAAAUAUUGAAGGAAAACACUCAGAUAUUACAGCCGAGCAGGUCAAGCGCUCAAUAUCAUUUCUCAACCAUCUUGUGGAAAUACAACGGCAGCAAAGGAAAACUGCUUACGGUUUUGCUGAACUUCUAAACUGCUUUCGCCAUCGUGUUUUACCCUUAGCAAAAUUACUGGGAGAUUCAGUUGAGGAGGACAGAAAGGAUGAUUCUUUGUUGAGUUUUCCCCAAAAUCAACAUGCUGUAUUCAAUUCCAUGUGGCUACAAAAGCAACUAUUUGAUAACAUUAGUGCAAUGCUUCUGGAGGAAUUGGUGUUACUGAGAACAGUUGGAAGUACACACUUGGACUCCUGUCAAACUGUUAAAACUUCAUCACAUAGUUUGCUCAGCUUAAUAGAAAAGCUAAUUCCCAUCGCUCAAAAUUCUAAGGCUUCACUGGAUAGGCUUCUACUUGAUUCCAACGGUUUGAUCAUUACGCCAAGUAGCUGUCUUAAUCAGUUUGUCACACAGCAUACGGUUAAGCUGCUAUGCCACAACUCUGAUCAGCUUACGGACAUUGAAAAUCAAAUUUCGGCUUUCUGUGAAGACAAUGAGAAAACCUAUGCUACAAACGUUCUUCUUAGUCAUUUUUCUCCCUUCUUUAAAGAGGGGAAAUUGUUGGCUGAAAAUCUGAACUGUUUACUUAAAACGGGAGACCAAUCAACUGGCAUGGAACCCAAGGAAAAAGCUGCUUUUGAAGCAAAUGUGGCAAAUGCAUUUGCAAAUGUUAAGGCUGUGAUUGGAAAGCUUUGCUCUUAUAAAGACGGAUGUGAUUCUCAAGAAGAGGAAGGGAAUAUUCUUAUGUGGGAUGGUCUGUUUAAGAAGGCAGAAAAUGACCUGAACCUUGAUAACCUAUGCAAACUGCUGUCAGAAACAACUGGUUCCAUUGAACAACUAUUAAACUCUUCGGGCGUCCUUUCAGCUUGUGUUGGAGACCAGUUGAAGCAACUUCAAGCAUUUUUGGAUCUUUUAUUGAGCUUUGGUGAUUCUUACCUCCAAGAGUUUUUGGCGAUAAGUAAAAGGGUGUCAUUGAUAACCCAUGUCCUUGCAACUGUUCUGGUCGAUCUAUUUACAAAAGGGUUUGGCAUCUCCAAAAACGAUGAAGAUGAUGACUCUAAAGAUGAAAAAUCAGAAACUGCAGAAGGUACUGGAAUGGGAGAUGGUGUGGGAGCAAAAGAUGUAAGUGACCAAAUAGAAGAUGAAGAUCAACUGCGUGGCACAGACAAGAAGGAAGAAGAAGAGAAAGAGCAAGAUACUCCGGACGAUGUGCAGGAUAAGAAUAAAGGCAUUGAGAUGACCGACGAAUUUGAGGGCAAAGAGUAUAGUCUUAGUGAAGAUUCGGAAGAAGAAGACAAGGAGGACGAGGAAAGCGAGGAUGAGCAGUUGGACUCUAAAAUGGGAGAUGCGGGUUCUGAUGCUGAAAAAGCUGAUGAAAAGCCGUGGGACAAAGAUGAAGAGGAUGAGGCAGGAGAUAAGAAUGAGAAGAAUGAAUCCGGACCAUCUGUUACUGACAAGGACACAAGUUCAAGGGAGCUACGAGCCAAGGAUGAUGAUGAUGUUGACACUGCUGAUGAUCCUGAGGAGUCCAAUACUUCAGACAAACCGGAAGAAGGAAACGAUGAGAAUGUGGAUCCAGAUAAUGUUGGUGACCCAGAAAAUUUAGAAGAUGAAAUCAAGAACCAAGAAGCACUUACAGAUACAUCUGGACCAACUCCUGAGUUGGGCAAUGAACAGACUGACGAUGCCAUGGAGAUUGACGAAACAGAUGAGGUCGAAAAGGAAGAUGAGCAGGAAGAACCAUGUCCAGAAGAUCAAAAGCAUCCUGAAGAAGGUGAAAAUGAUCAAGAGACGCAAGAACCUGCUGAGGAGACAAUGGAGGCUGGGACUGAAGAUGUGUCUGAACCCCAAACAGAAGAUCCUGGAAAUGAUCCUGAAGAGAAAUCUGAAACGGAACCAAUAGAAGGAAAAGAAGUCAUGUCAGAAGACAUGAAGCCGAACGUCAGUGAUGAUAAUAUCUCUGGUGUGGACGCUGGUUCACACAAUCCUCAAGGCUCUAACGGAUUGGGUGCAGGAAGUACAGCGCCACAAGAAAGUUUGGCAGCUACUAAUGUUACGGAUGAACUCACAAUGGAUCAGUCUUCGGGUAGUAACACUGAGAUGAACCUCACGAUGACUAACAUGGCCAGUGGUGAGACGUUGACAGACAACAUACCAAAGAUGGAAUUUCCUCAGAGCCAGUCAUCUACAUCUCAACAAACCAAGGUGAAUCCUUAUAGGAACGUUGGUGAUGCAUUGAAGGAGUGGAAAGAAAAAGUUAAGGUCUCCUCAGACCUUGUAGAAAAGCAAGAAGCUGAAACUGAGAUGGAAGACCCUGAUGCUGGUGAAUAUGGAUUUACUUCUCAGUUUGAUGAAGGAACUUCCCAAGCUCUAGGACCUGCAUUGCCUGAGCAAGUGAACACAGAUAUGAGAGAGGGGGAAUCUGAGGACGAAAAACUCGCGGGUAAUCAAGAUGAAGCCUCCCCGAUGGAUAUUGAUGAUGUGAACCCCGAAAACAAACCUGCUGUUCAGUCCAAACCGUCGUCUAUCAGAGAUAGGGCCGUUGAACCGGUCCAAGAACCAGAUACAGACAGGACCCUCCAAGAGAACUCUCCUAUCCAGAAUGUUGGUGAUGGUGACAGCAGGAUGGACUCUAUGGUCUCUGUUGACAAUACGUUCUUGGGGGAAGAUGCGUUUAAUCCUGACUGGAUGCAGGUGGCCGAUAAGGACACGGAGAACAAUCAGGAUAAUGAAGAAGAUCCUGAUGCCAGAAGUAAUGCAGUUAUUCUUUGGAGGAGAUGUGAGUUGCUUACUACGAAACCCUCUCAGGAGCUGGCUGAGCAGUUGCGUCUUAUCUUGGAACCCACACUUGCUAGCAAACUCAGUGGCGACUACAGAACAGGUAAAAGGAUCAACAUGAAAAAGGUUAUUCCGUACAUAGCGAGUCACUAUCGAAAAGAUAAAAUCUGGUUGAGAAGGACAAAGCCAAACAAGCGUGACUACCAAGUCGUUAUUGCUGUGGAUGAUUCACGCAGUAUGUCAGAAAGUGGAUGCGGCGAUUUUGCUAUUAGGGCUUUGGCAACGGUGUGCCGAGCAAUGUCACAGCUUGAGAUGGGAAGUUUGGCGGUUGCAAGUUUCGGAAAGAAAGGAAGCAUAAAGAUGUUGCAUGAGUUUGGAGAGUCAUUCACCACAGAGUCUGGUAUCAAGAUGAUCUCAGGGUUAACGUUUAAACAAGAAAAUCUCAUAGAAGAUGAACCAAUCUUCAAUCUGCUGAGAAACAUGAAUGAGAUGCUUGAGAACCUAGCCAGCACAAGACGACAGUCUUCCGGUAGCAACCCGCUUCAACAACUUGUUCUAGUCAUCGGUGAUGGCAAGUUCCACGAGCGAGAGAAGUUGAAGCGAUCUGUGAGGAAGUUCCUCCAGCAGAAACGUAUGGUGGUCUAUCUACUUCUCGAUAACGCUGAACAGUCUGUUCUUGAUCUGAAGGAGUUUGUGCAAACGGAGAAAACACUACAGCAAAUGACAUAUAUGGAUUCAUUCCCCUUCCCAUACUACAUUGUGCUGAGAGAUAUCGAAGCCUUACCUAGAACACUUGGUGAUGUCCUGAGACAGUGGUUUGAGCUGAUGCAAAGCUCACGGGACUGAACACUUGUUGAAGGAGAAAGGUAGAGGGCUGAAAUUUUGUUAGUCUGGUGUGGCUCUGUACUUUAGCUUUUAGACUUUUGUAUACAUCAUAUGGAAAAGACCAAUGUUGUUUUACAUCACAUUUAGAACCAUGAAUACUGUUUCUAUCUUUCAUAUAUAUGUAAAAGAGUCCUCUUCCCUUCUCUUUGGAAUGCUCACAGCUUCAUAAGUAUACAAACGAA